AGUUGACAACAUGGUGAUUGAUGACACAGAGGGCUAUUUCAUUUCGCUGCAGCUAGUUGUUGUUUGAUAACAAUAAUACAUUACAUACAUACAUGCAUUUUAUCUAAAUCCGUUUGUAUAAGUAAAGUUGUUAAUCCUAGUCUCCGUUAGAGGUUCAAAAAGCACAUUGAUAACAUUUCCAUCUGAAAAACACCAAUGUAAAGGUUGCUGUGAAUCUGACAUUCACAGACUAGCACCAACUCCAGGUUCAAGACAUUACUGAAGUUGGAGAUAUAACCCGCCUGUGGAUUGACAAUUCCAUUAGUUGCGUGUGUUGCUUUGUGCACAAACUUUAUUGAUGGAGAUGUCCUCUACACGUGGUCAGAAACCAAAGUUUCAUGAUGGUGAAAAGGUGCUUUGCUUUGAGCCAGAUCCCACCAAAGCUAAAGUGCUUUAUGAUUCCAAGAUUCUCGAAAUCAUAGAAACAAAAGACAGCCGUGGUCGCAAGGUGGUUGAGUACCUUGUACAUUUCCAGGGUUGGAACAAUAGCUGGGAUCGAUGCGUACCAGAAGAGUAUGUAGUAAAAGAAACGGAAGAGAACCGAGACUUGCAAAAGGAAUUAGCCGAGAAAACGGCUGAAAUACUGAAGAAGACGCAGCGGAGAAGGAAGACCAUACAGGAGAAGGUGGAUGAGACGCUGAAGAAGAUCAGGAAUGAGGACGGGGAUUCACGCAGCAGCUUCUCCGAUGAAAGCUCGUCCGAGAGUGACUCUGACGAUGACACCGAUCACGUACUUGUUGAUGAGGCAGGGCCGUUAGAUGUCCAUUUGCCAAAGGAGCUGAAACAAGUUAUGGAAGAGGACUAUAUCAGAAUCACAAGAGAUAAUAAGCAGUUAAAGCUACCAUGUGGGCCGAACAUCAUUGAGAUUUUAGAAUGUUAUGCGAAGAAUUUCGGAAUGAAUCUCGUUUGCUCCCCUGACAGAAAGUCAAAGGCUGCCUUGACAGAUGUCCCACCUGUGGAGAAAAGUUUGAAAAUAUGCCGUGAAAUCGUAGAUGGGCUUCGGAUCUACUUUGAUUUCAUGCUACCUCUGAUUUUGCUCUACAAGUUGGAGAGACCACAGUAUGAGAUGAUGAGUGAAACUCUGACAACACAGCUACAUGUAAAGUUAGAGCCUCAGUGUUUUCCAGGUAUAACUGCUGAUUUUGCCCGUGCUAAGCCCGCACCACGGUUGCGCUCUGGUGGCAGGUUCCUCCCAAACGCCCCCUCGCGGGCAAAAACGGCACCGAUGAAGCGACGUGGGCGGGGAAGGCCGCGCAAAGACGUCAAGGAGGAGCCGGAGAAGGUGGCAUCGCUGUCGCCAUUGCCCGUUGUCAAGGAGGAGACGCAGGAUACGGACUCGGAGUUAGAGCAUCCAAUCAGCAGCCGGCUGCGACAUCACUCAGCAACGGAUAGAAAGCUGCCGUCACUACAUGUGGCAGAUAAACCAUCCUCGCCUCCCUCCUGUGCCAGCAGUCACUCCAGCCCAGACAGCAAGAGACAAAUGCGAUCAGUCGCUGUUGCUCCCCCACAGAGGGCAGCACCACUAACAGACAAGGUGGCGUCUGCCGUCAUAGCAGCUCCUUCGCCAGCAACAGCGACAAUGACCAAGCCCGUGUCACCGUUCAGUAGCUCUAGCUACGCUAGCAGCACCUGCUCCGACUACACCCUGCCACACGACGGCCAAUCGAACGGACAUGUGAGUCACCAUCCUCGCAAAGGCGACGUGCUCAGCGACGUGCUCUCAUGGAAGCUGCUGCCGGAGGACGUGGCGAACAGCAAGCCGACGAUGCCGUCGUUGUUGUACGGGGCGCACCACCUGCUGCGACUGUUCGUGAAGCUGCCAGAACUCCUUGGAAAAAUCCGAAUGUCUCAGAAGAAACGAGAGGCGAUAUGUACCCAUUUAGAAAUGUUCCUCAAUUACUUGGUGGAUAAACAAGCUGAACUCUUCUCAGAAUCGGCAUAUGAGGAUGCCUAUGUUCAGUAGAUGUUUACAUCUCCGCAUACGACGAUGUGGUUGGUUUCUAUACAUGGCUCCGUUCAGCUAUGGAGCGCCGGCAAGUUUAUGGAAUAGUGACACUGACCAAGAAAAAAGCCAUCUUAUUCCAGCCAAUCAUCAUGCUUACCAAGACCAUAAAUGACUGACUGCCUGAUUGAUUGAUUGAUUGAUUGAUUGAUUGAUUGAUUGAUUGGUUGGUUGGUUGGUUGAUUGAUGUCUACUACCCUUUACACGUUUUGACUUUUCCAUUCUUCAGUCUGUGACACAUUCAGAAUUUUAUUUCAGUAGGUACGAUAAAAUUAGACUUUGACAUUGUUUUCUCAGAUGAUAGAAAAUCACAUGCACUGGUAAUAUAUAGAUACGAAGGCACUCUUGGCUUCUUGGAAAUAAGUUGGCUGCGUCCGUGCUUGCCGUGGUUUAGUAUUGGUAUUGUUACGCUUGGCUGUAUCAUGAUAUGAUUAUAUUUAAUAGACUAGUGAAUAGAGAACAUGAUAAUGCAUAGGAGAAUCUUGUAUACCUAUGGUCUGUAAAGAUAAAUAAAAAAAAUUAUGAGAUAGUAUUUGUCAUCGA